AUGCGCCGACUGACACUCUGGGAACAUGGCAUCAACCGCGACGGCAACCUCGAGGACUUUGCUACCGAAGGCGGCGACCGCAAGGAUGUCUUUUUCUACCAGUCCGACGACACGCGCUACAUCCCACGCGCCAUCUUGAUGGACCUCGAGCCCAGAGUCAUCAACGGCAUCCAGGCAGGCCCGUACAAGAACAUCUACAACCCCGAGAACUUCUACAUCCACAGCGGUGGCACCGGAGCUGGAAACAACUGGGCCGCUGGCUACUCGAUGGGCGACACGGUGCAAGAGGAGAUUCUGGACAUGAUCGACCGCGAGGCCGACGGUUCCGACAGUCUCGAGGGCUUCAUGAUGCUGCACUCGAUUGCUGGCGGUACGGGUUCAGGUUUGGGCUCGUACCUGCUGGAACGACUCAACGACCGCUUCCCCAAGAAGCUGAUCCAGACAUACUCGGUCUUCCCCGACACGGUCCAGUCGGGCGAUGUCGUUGUGCAGCCCUACAACUCGCUGCUGUCCCUGAGGAGACUUGCUCAGCAAGCCGACAGUGUCAUCGUCCUCGACAACGGCGCCCUCUCACGCAUUGCGGCAGACACACUUCACGUCCAGGAACCCUCGUUCCAGCAGACCAACCAGCUUGUCAGCACCGUCAUGAGUGCCUCGACGACAACACUGCGCUACCCUGGCUACAUGCACAACGAUCUUGUCGGCAUCGUCGCCUCGUUGAUUCCCACCCCACGCUGCCACUUCUUGCAGACCAGCUACACGCCCUUUACAGGCGAGAAUGUCGAAGCCGCAAAGACGGUGCGCAGAACCACCGUUCUCGAAGUCAUGCGCAGACUGCUGCAGCCCAAGAACAGGAUGGUCAGCUCGAACCCCUCCAAGAACAGUUGCUACAUUUCCAUCCUCAACAUCAUCAUGGGCGAGGCAGACCCGACCGAUGUAAGCUGUCAUCGCUUCACUUUCCUCUCCCUCGCCCUCACCCGCACCUCUCCCUAUACCACCGGCCCACACACCCCGCGCGUGUCCGGCCUCAUGCUCGCCAACCACACCGGCAUCGCCACCCUCUUCAAACGCAUCGUCUUUCAAUACGACCGUCUACGAAAGCGCAACGCCUUCAUUGAUCAGUACAAGAAAGAGGAUUGCUUUAGGGAUGGUCUGGGCCAGUUUGACGAUGCGCGAGAAGUGGUCAUGGAUCUGGUGCGCGAGUAUGAAGAUGCCGAGAAGGAGACUUAUCUCUCUGGCCCGACUGCUGCGCCAGAGUCGGAAGAGAGAGAUGGCCGGACUGAUGGUAUAAGGUGA